AUGUAUAAACAGCCUAACAGUCCUUCGUCAUUGUUGGUCAAGUACCCGGCCAACAACGCCAUCCCCAACAAACUCACGUCAUGCAAGGCACAACAAAUUGUCCUCAAAAAAGUUAUCUCCAGCAAUUCGAGCACAACCUUUUCAAUGAAUAGCCUUGCAGUUACAAAACCAAUAUACACAGUUCGUCUGCCCAGUAGGUCGUCAAAAGUUGGACCUGCGGUGGUCACUGCUUCGAGCACAGUGUCCACUUCAACAGGCAGCAUACUUCAAAGGAAGCAAGUUGUUCUUGUACCCAAAGGACUCAAAACUAACAACAGUGAACCUUUUAUUAUUUUGCAGCCGAAUGGCAAUAAUAACGUGACAGUCAAUCCUAGCAAUCAUUUCAGUAGCAUCAUCAACAAAAACAUCAACAAUAAAUCUAACGAGAAAGUAACUGAAGCAACUUCAAGCAGCAGCACCAGUGAUGAACUUUCACUCGUUAUUAAUGCCACAAACGUUUGGUUUGGUAGUGCACGAACUACUCCUGUUCGACCAAUCGCUGUCAAUGAUCGAGGCCUGCUCAUCACCUGCCAAAACAAUUUCUUAAAGAAAGGAAGUGGUGGCAAGACGACACGCAUCUAUUCAGUUAAGGACCUGAUCCAAUUCCAGAUCAAACCAGAGGACAUCAUAAAAUGUUGUGCCUACCUGGGCAGCCAACGGAAGCAUACCAUCUUUCUCUUCCUUCUUCCAAACUGCAUACGAAGCUUCAAGCAAAUGAUCAGUGUUAUCGACACCUCUCCAGAUGCAGCCGAAGGAUUCUGUGAUUCCUGCCUCAUCGCCAUCUUCACACCUGCACUCAGCAGACACGACAUCUCUCAGCUGGUCUACUUUAUGUGGCAUUUCGGCCAGUCGAGCUUAUUUGGCCCAACUAUUUAUUCUGAAAUUUGUCAGAAAUCAGCAUUGUCUUUGUUGAGUAACAUAAAGCCUGCACUGCUAGCCUCAAAAUGUUUUGUGGAAAGUAGUGAAUCAUUUUCAUCCUUUUCUUCACCAUCAAAACCUCAGCCUCCUGCGAAGCCUUCUCAGACUGCAACACAAAAUUCCAGUGCUGGGGAGGACAGUGGGGAUAAUGGUGUCAAACUUGAACCGAUCAUUACCAAUCCACUAAGUUUCUUCAAAAUUAUGUUGAGUCUGUCUUUUUUAGAACUUAGAACUUACCUGGAAACCAUAUGUCAAACGAUCCCAUCAGAAGAAAUAUUAGUAAACAAUACUAGUAUAAUAUACGGUAACAAGAACCACAGCCACCUAAGAAUUGCUGAAGCGAUCUUCAUCAACCAAAGAAAACCUCAAACUAACAAGCAGCAAAGAAUAGCAACAUCAUUACCGACCAGAAGAAUAUUAUUGAAAGACUUUACAAGUAAAGAGAAUGAACAUAACGAAGAUAUAAUAAACGGACAGGACAAAGCAGAAUGA